AUGGACAUCGGCGGCCUGGAGACCGUGGUGGCCAACUCGGCCUACGUGUCGGCGCGCGGCGGCCCCGGCGGCGGCGGCGGCCGCGACCGGCGCUCCAAGGCGCGGCUGCGCCUGCCCCACAUCUCCCAGUGCGAGGCCCUGCGCGCCCAGCUGGGCGGGGCGCCCUCCGCCCAAAACGGGGCCCCGCCCGGCCACGCCCAAGAUGGCGGCCAGGACACCUCCUUCCGGUGGCAGUGCGUGGAGCAGCCCAUCGGGAAGCUGCUGUUCCGGCGCUUCCUGGAGGGGGCGCCGCAGUUCGCGGCGGCCGGGGCGCUGUGGGCCGAGAUCGAGGCCUACGAGCAGUGCGAGGACGCGGAGAGGGAGGGCCUGGCCAAGCGGCUGCGCGGCCGGUUCUUCACGCCGGGAGGGUCCGAGCACUGCGGCUUCCUCAGCGCGGCGGCCACGGCGCCGCCCGCAGGCCCCGCCCUGCCGGGCGACGCCUUCGCGGCGGCGCGGCGCGAGCUGCUGGCGCACCUGGAGGCGGCGGCCUGGGCGCCGUACCGCGCCUCGCCCGAGUUCGGCCGCUUCGUGCAGUUCAAGUGGCUCGAGGGCCAGGCCGUGGGCGCCGACGCCUUCGCCGAGUUCCGCGUGCUGGGCAAGGGCGGCUUCGGCGAGGUGUGCGCCUGCCAGCGCCGCGCCACCGGCAAGAUGUACGCCAACAAGCGCCUCAACAAGAAGCGCCUCAAGAAGCGCAACGGAUACGAGGCGGCGCUGGUGGAGAAGCGGAUCCUGGCGCGCGUCCACAGCCGCUUCAUCGUGUCCCUGGCCUGCGCCUUCCAGACCAAGACCGACCUCUGCCUCGUCAUGACCAUCAUGAACGGCGGCGACCUGCGGUACCACAUCUACAACGUGGACGAGGACAACCCGGGGUUCGCGGAGCCGCGGGCGGUUUUCUACACGGCGCAGAUCCUGCUGGGGCUGGAGCACCUGCACCAGCACCGCAUCGUGUACCGCGACCUGAAACCCGAGAACGUGCUGCUGGACGACGCGGGCCACGUCCGUCUGUCCGACAUGGGCUUGGCCGUGGAGCUCAAGGACGGAGAGGACAAAACGCGCGGCUACGCCGGGACCCCAGGGUUCAUGGCCCCCGAGCUGCUCAAGAACGAGGAUUACGAUUUCUCCGUCGAUUAUUUCACGCUGGGGGUGACGGUUUACGAGAUGCUGGAGGCCAAGGGUCCCUUCCGCCGGCGGGGGGAGAAGGUGGAGAACAAGGAGGUGACGCGGCGCAUCCUGCACGACGCCGUGUCCUACUCGGACAAGUUCAGCGCGGCGGCGCGCGCCGCCUGCGAGGGGCUGCUGGCCAAGGACCCCCAGCGGCGCCUCGGCUUCCGCGGCGGCGACUGCGCCCAGCUCAAAGCGCAGCCCUUCUUCCAGGGCAUCAACUGGGGCCGCCUGGAGGCCGGCCUGGUGCCGCCGCCGUUCGUGCCGGACCCGCGCGUGGUUUACGCCAAGGAUUUGGGGGAGGUGGGCGCCUUCUCGACGGUGAAGGGCGUGGAGCUGGACGGGGGGGACGCGGCGCUGUGCGACGCCUUCGCCUCGGGCACGGUGCCCAUCCCCUGGCAGGAGGAGCUGAUCGAGACCGGCGUCUUCGAGGAGCUCAACGUCUGGGGGGCGCCGGGGACGCUGCCCCCCGACCUGGACCCCAGCGCGGCCGGGGGGGCGGCGGGAGGGAAAUCCUCCACCUGUAGGUUGUUGUGA